AUGGCGAUGAACCUGCCACCCAUCGGUGGAAACAGCGGGGGCGCCCAUACUCAACCUUCUCUACCCUCGCUGCCCGCACAUUCACAAUCCGACACGCAGUUGACAGCACACCUGGCAAGUCGCUUCCAUGUGUCGCUGCCAACCGCUCGCCUCUCAUCCCACGCCCUCAUCUCGCUCAACACAUACACUUCUUCCGCGAAGGGCCCUGAUGGCGGCAAGGACGGAAGCGCCAUGGGCGGCGCCGAGGAUAUCGCAGACCGGGCUUGGAUCAGAUUGGGCCACAGAUCUGAGAACCAGGCCGUUGUUUUCUUGGGUGAAUCUGGCUCGGGAAAGUCGACUAUCCGAUCCCACCUCCUGACUGCGUUCCUCGGCAAAUCGUCCACUCCGCUCUCUACCAAGGUUUCCCUAGCCGCCUACGUUUUUGAUACCUUGACCACGACCAAGACAGCUACCACUCCCACGGCCUCAAAGGCAGGCUUGUUCUAUGAGCUGCAAUAUGAUACGGCCACUACGACCAAUCCAGUCCUCAUUGGUGCCAAGCUCCUCGACCACAGACUUGAGCGCAGCCGUAUCACGGACAUCCCGACGGGAGAGCGCAACUUCCACAUCCUGUACUACCUGAUGGCCGGCACAAGCGCGGCGGAGAAGUCCCAUCUUGGUUUCGAGACGCCGGCAGGUGUCGCCCAGAAGAGAUGGAAGUACCUGGGUCAUCCCACCCAGCUCAAGGUGGGUAUCAACGACGCCGAGGGCUUCCAGGUUUUCAAGAACGCCCUUAAGAAGCUUGAAUUUCCUCGCAGCGAGAUCGCCGAGAUUUGCCAGAUACUCGCCAGCAUUCUGCACAUCGGUCAGCUUGAGUUCGAGACCACAUCCGAUACGCAAGCCACCGGCGACGACAGCGGUGGCUUCUCUCACGAGGGCGGUCAGACUGUGACGGCUGUCAAGAACAAGGACGUUCUCGGCAUCGUCGCCGCCUUCUUAGGCGUCGGUACCCAGGACCUGCAGACUACUCUGUCUUACAAGACGAAGAUGAUUCACAAGGAGCGAGUCACCAUCAUGCUGGACCCCGUUGGCGCCCGCUCACACGCCAACGAGCUCGCCCGCACGCUCUACUCCCUCUUGGUAGCGUACAUUGUGGAGUCCAUCAAUCAGAGGAUCUGCGCUCCGGAGGAGAACGUUGCCAACACCAUCUCCAUCAUUGACUUCCCUGGAUUCGCCCAGCAAGCGGCCACCCAUUCGGCGCUGGAUCAGCUGCUCAACAACGCUGCCUGCGAGGCGCUUUACAAUCUAACUCUACAAAACUUCUUUGACCGCAAGGCCGAUAUGCUAGAGAACGAGGAGGUCAGUGUUGCGGCCACGAGCUACUUUGACAACUCGGACGCCGUCCGGGGUCUGCUUAAGCCUGGAAACGGCUUGCUCAGCAUUCUGGAUGACCAGACCCGGAGAAACCGCAGUGACCUGCAGUUCCUUGAGAGUCUCCGCAAGCGUUUCGAGGGCAAGAACCCAGCUAUUACCCCCGGCUCGGCCAACACCAGACUCCCGGGCAGCAACUUCUAUACCGAGAAUACGGCCGCUUCGUUCACGGUCAAGCAUUUUGCCGGUGAAGUUGAUUAUCCGGUUAAGGGCAUCAUUGAGGAGAACGGCGAGGUUAUUUCUGGUGAUCUGCUUAACAUGAUCAACUCCACCAAGAGCGAGUUCGUUGCUAGACUGUUUGGCCAGGAAGCCCUGAAGACUGUCACCCAUCCCAAGGAGCGGUCGACCGUCAUGCAGGCGACCAUUAGCUCCAAGCCCACGAGAGCGCCCAGUGUCAUGUCUCGGAAGACCACCAGGACGGCUCGUAACCAACGUAGGAUUCAGCAAUACCAUCAGCAGCAGGACGAGGCUUCUCAGGACGAGCUCGACAGAGUCAGCGAGGGCAACUCACAGUCCGGUAGUGUUUCCAAGCUGCAAGCCUCCGAGCAGGGCGCGUCAGGUCAGUUCCUCGCGUCUCUGGACAACGUUACCAAGUCUGUGGCGGACCCGAGCACCAACUCGUACUUUGUGUUUUGCUUGAAACCCAACGACAGACGCAUCGCCAACCAGUUCGACAGCAAGUGCGUACGCACCCAAGUGCAAACUUUCGGUAUUGCCGAGAUAAGCCAGCGUCUGCGUUCAGCCGACUUCAGUCUUUUCCUACCCUUUGGCGAGUUUUUGGGUCUCGCUGACUCGGAUACGAUCCUGGUCGGCACGGAGCGAGAACGCGUUGAGCUCGUUGUCGAAGACAAGCACUGGCCUAGCAAUGAGGUCAGAAUUGGCUCGACUGGUGUGUUCCUCAGCGAACGGUGCUGGAUGGAGAUUGCCCAGCUGUCCGACAGCGCAUCUGCCACUGGACGCUAUAACCUGCCGUCUGAUGCUGGUGACGGCCUCACCCCCCAGGACACCCCCUUCGCCGCCUCCAAGGAGCGCCUGCUCUCCGCCGGCAAUACCCCCCUCAUGUACGGCGAGAAGGGCAAGAACGGCUACUUUGGUCCGGAUGGCUCCGACGCUCGCUCAGAAGCCGGUGUGUCGGCGUUUGGUGGUGGCGACAUGUUCAAGAACCUUGACACCAGAGAACAGAUGGCGGAGCGCGGCAAUGAGAAGAGCUUGGAGGAAGUCGAGGAGUUCAAGGACAGUCCUAGCCGUAAGCGCUGGGUCUUCAUGGUCUACGUUAUGACAUGGUUUGUUCCGGACAUUCUCAUUCGCAAGAUGGGCCGCAUGCCUCGCAAGGAUAUUCGCGUGGCGUGGAGAGAGAAGCUCGCCAUCAACAUGAUGAUCUGGCUGUUCUGUCUAUUCGCGGCCUUCUUCAUCGUCAUCUUCCCGAAGCUCAUUUGUCCCACGCAACACGUCUACAGUGCCGAGGAGUUGUCGUCGAACGACGGCAAGGGCUCUGACCCUGCCUACGUUGCGAUCCGCGGUGUUGUCAUCGACUUGGGCUCGUUCGCUCCUCGCCACUACCCUCCUUACGUCACAGUCAAGCAGCUGAAGAAUUACGCCGGCAAGGAUAUUAGUGCACUGUUCCCAAUUCAGGUCAGCGCUCUUUGCCAGGGCAAGGAUGGCUCCGUUGACCCUCACGUCACACUGGACUACCGUAACACCAACCUCACGGGCUCUGCACAGCUGGCAUCAAUCGACCUGAACUUCAAAUAUCAUGACUUCCGCUACUUUACCAAUGAUAGCCGACCCGACUGGUACUUCGAGCAAAUGACGAUGCUCAAGAACUUAUACCUGAAGGGCGCCGUCGGCUACUCGCCGCAGUAUGUCAAGACGCUCGCCAACAAGCAGCAGAACAUUCUUAUUUUGGGUGGCCGCGUUUACGACAUGACACAGUACUUGGCCGGUGGUAACAAGAUGCAGGCCAAGGCCGGCGAGUCAGUUCCCGACGAUCAGUCCUUGUCCAGGUUCAUGGAUAGCUCGGUCGAAGCUCUGUUCCAGGGCAAGGCGGGCACUGAUAUCACGGAGCUGUGGGAUAACCUCGCUAUGGAUCCUGCCCUGAAGCAGCGCAUGAAGGUGUGUCUCGACAACCUCUUUUAUGUCGGCGACGUCGACACGCGUAACUCGGCCCGCUGUCAGUUUGCCGAGUACCUUGUCCUUGUCGUUUCCAUCAUCCUGUGUUCCAUUCUCGGCUUCAAAUUCUUGGCCGCGCUGCAGUUUGGGGGUAAGAACAUGCCUGAGAACCUUGACAAGUUCGUCAUGUGUCAAAUCCCCGCAUAUACGGAAGAUGAGGAGUCUCUCCGCCGUGCUAUCGACUCUGCCGCUAGGAUGCACUACGACGAUAAACGCAAGCUACUUGUUGUUAUCUGCGACGGCAUGAUUAUUGGACAAGGCAACGACAAACCAACACCUCGCAUUGUGCUCGACAUUCUCGGCGUCUCUGACACUGUUGAUCCCGAGCCUCUCAGCUUCGAAUCACUCGGUGAAGGUCAGAAACAGCACAAUAUGGGCAAGGUGUACUCCGGCCUCUACGAGGUCCAGGGCCACAUCGUGCCAUUCCUUGUUGUUGUCAAGAUCGGCAAACCGUCCGAGGUGUCCCGUCCCGGCAACCGUGGAAAGCGUGACUCUCAAAUGAUCAUCAUGCGCUUCCUCAACCGCGUGCACUACAAUCUGCCCAUGAGCCCUCUCGAGCUCGAGAUCUAUCAUCAAAUCCGCAACAUCAUCGGUGUCAAUCCCACCUUUUACGAAUUCAUGUUUCAGAUCGAUGCCGAUACUGUCGUUGCUCCUGACUCCGCCACACGCAUGGUAUCCGCGUUCCUAAAUGAUACCCGUCUCAUUGCCGUGUGCGGUGAGACGGCGCUGACCAACGCCAAGGCAUCGUUCAUCACGAUGAUUCAGGUGUAUGAGUACUGGAUCUCCCACAACUUAACCAAGGCUUUCGAGAGUCUGUUCGGCAGCGUAACCUGCUUGCCCGGUUGUUUCUCAAUGUACCGCAUUCGCGCCGCCGAGAGUGGAAAGCCCCUUUUCGUCAGUCGCGAGGUUGUUGAGGCCUACGCGACGAUCCGUGUAGAUACUCUGCACAUGAAGAACCUGCUCCACCUGGGUGAGGAUCGAUACCUGACGACACUGCUUCUCAAGUUCCACAACAAGUACAAGACCAAGUACACCAACAGAGCGCACGCCUGGACCAUUGCACCCGACUCUUGGGCCGUCUUCCUCUCGCAGAGACGUCGCUGGAUCAACUCGACCGUGCACAACCUCAUGGAGCUUAUUCCCAUGUCCCAGCUUUGUGGCUUCUGUUGCUUCUCUAUGCGUUUCAUCGUCUUUGUCGACUUGCUGUCCACAAUCGUACAACCUGUCGUUGUGGCCUAUAUCAUCUACCUGAUCGUUAUGGUCGUGCAGAACCCUACUGUUGUGCCCGUCGCGGCCUUCGUUAUGCUUGGCGCCAUCUACGGUCUGCAAGCCAUCAUCUUCAUCCUCCGCCGCAAGUGGGAGAUGAUUGGCUGGAUGAUUCUAUACAUCGUGGCCAUCCCCGUCUUUAGUUUCGCUCUGCCGCUGUACUCGUUCUGGCACAUGGACGACUUCAACUGGGGUAACACCCGUGUUAUUGCCGGCGAGGCCGGUAAGAAGAUUGUCAUAUCCGACGAGGGUAAAUUCGACCCCUCCGUCAUUCCCAAGAAGAAGUGGGAGGAAUACCAGGCCGAGCUCUGGGACGCCCAGACGAACAAGGAGGACGCUCGCUCCGAGGCUUCUGGUUAUAGCUACGCCACCAAGGGCCAGGUUCCCAUGUCUGAGUACGGCUACCACAGCCGUCCGGGUUCCAUCGCAGGCGGCUACGCGCCCCCUAGAGCCCCCGGGAUGGGCUAUGACCAACGCAACAUGUCACGCAUGUCCCUUGCCGCCUCGGAGAUGGGUGGCAACCGCAACAGCCAGUUUGGCGGUUCGCAGUUCUUCUCCCCCGAGGACAUGGUGGGCCUGCCUAGUGACGACGCGCUAUUGGCCGAGAUCCGCGAGAUUCUGCGGACUGCCGAUUUGAUGACGGUGACGAAGAAGGGCAUUAAGCAGGAGCUCGAACGUCGUUUCGGUGUUCCUCUCGAUGCCAAGCGGCAAUAUAUCAACAGCGCAACGGAAGCGCUGCUGUCUGGCCAAUUGUAA